UUUUUUAUAAUUUCAGGUAAACGAAUUAAGAAUCUUUUGGAUAUUAGCUACAAUCUUACAAUGCCUAAAGCAAAAAAGUCUGCUGCCAAAACUUCGGAUGCUGUCGACGAUAUUGACUCAAUCCUUAAGGAUAUUGAGAUGAAAUCGAAUGAAGCAGCUUCAAAGCAAAAGGGGAAGAAGAAAGGAAAGAAGGAAGUUUUGGCUAAUGAAGUUGAUGAGAAAGUUGUUGAGGAAAGUGAGGAGGUCGUUGAUGGGGUUAUUAAAGACAUGUUGCCGGAAAACUGGGCUACUGAAAUUAAUGGAAUGAAGCCGAUAGAUCAGCAAUUUGUUGAGGGGGAUUUUCCUAUUGGACAGAUUUGUGAAUAUCGUUAUAAUAUGGACGACAGAACCGCCAUCAAUCGCAUUACCAACGAAGAGAAAAAAGCUUUGGAUACCAGUUAUGAGGACAUUUAUAAAGAUUUUAGAAGAGCCGCGGAGUCGCAUAGACAGACACGAAAAUAUGUUAAAUCGUGGAUAAAGCCGGGAAUGAAGCUUUUUGAUAUUUGUGAGCGUCUUGAAGCACACAGCCGUCGAAUGAUUAAUGAGAAUGGAUUGGCUUCAGGUCUUGCUUUCCCAACAGGAUGUUCAAUUAAUCAUUGUGCAGCGCAUUACACACCAAAUGCUGGGGAUGAUACUGUUUUGGGGCCUUCUGAUAUUGUUAAGAUUGAUUACGGAACUCAUGUAAAUGGACGUAUAAUUGAUUGUGCGUUUACUUUGACAUAUGAUUCUAAAUUCGAUACUCUUCUAAAUGCUGUGAAAGAGGCUACAGAAACUGGAAUUCGUGAAGCUGGAAUUGAUGUUCGACUUUGUGAUAUUGGCGAGGCUAUUGAAGAGGUAAUGACUUCAUACGAAUUGGAAUUAAAUGGAAAAACUUAUCCAAUUAAACCAAUUAGAAAUCUUAAUGGCCACUCAAUUGGGCCCUAUCGUAUACAUGCUGGAAAAACAGUUCCAAUUGUUAAAGGUGGAGAACAAGUAAAAAUGGAGGAAAAUGAAGUGUUUGCCAUCGAGACUUUUGGAAGUACUGGAAGAGGUUACGUUCAUGAUGAUAUGGAAGUUAGUCAUUAUAUGAAGAAUUUUGAAAUGCAUGAUGAACAUGUUCCUUUAAGAUUGGCUCGAAGCAAAAAACUUCUCUCAUUAAUUAACAAAAAUUUUGGGACAUUAGCUUUCUGUCGGCGUUGGAUUGAUCGUUUGGGCGAAACUAAAUAUUUGAUGUCAUUAAAAGAUCUUUGCGAUAAAGGAAUUGUGACACCUUAUCCACCACUUUGUGAUCAGAAAGGAUGUUAUACGGCACAGUGGGAACAUACUAUUCUUUUACGUCCAACAUGUAAAGAAGUGGUUAGUCGUGGCGAGGAUUAUUAG